UGCGUGAGCGGGCGUGCCCCGGAAGUAGUUCUUUGCCCUUCUGACACGUAGUAACCGGCCCGGUACAGGGUCCUUAGCUGAGUUUGGGGGGUUUAGGGGGGCUGCCAGAGCUACCGCCGCCGCCGCUGCUUCCACGUUUGAUCAUUUGCAAUGUCAGGCUUUGAUAAUUUAAACACGGAUUUCUACCAGACAAGUUACAGCAUCGAUGACCAGUCACAGCAGUCCUACGAUUAUGGAGGAAGUGGAGGACCCUAUAGCAAACAGUAUGCUGGCUAUGACUACUCGCACCAAGGCCGGUUUGUCCCUGCAGACAUGAUGCAGCCACAACAGCCAUACACCGGGCAGAUUUUCCAGCCAACUCAGGCAUAUACUCCAACUACAUCUCAGCCAUUCUAUGGAAACAACUUUGAAGAUGAACCACCUUUAUUAGAAGAAUUGGGUAUCAAUUUUGACCACAUCUGGCAAAAAACGCUGACAGUUUUACACCCCUUGAAAGUAGCAGAUGGCAGCAUCAUGAAUGAGACUGAUUUGGCAGGACCAAUGGUUUUUUGCCUUGCUUUUGGAGCUACAUUGUUACUGGCUGGCAAAAUCCAGUUUGGCUACGUAUAUGGGAUCAGUGCAAUUGGAUGCCUAGGAAUGUUUUGUUUAUUAAACUUAAUGAGUAUGACUGGUGUUUCAUUUGGUUGUGUGGCAAGUGUCCUUGGAUAUUGUCUUCUUCCUAUGAUCCUGCUUUCCAGCUUCGCAGUGAUAUUUUCUUUGCAAGGAGUGGUAGGAAUCAUCCUUACUGCUGGGAUUAUUGGAUGGUGUAGUUUCUCUGCUUCCAAAAUUUUCAUUUCUGCAUUAGCCAUGGAAGGACAGCAACUUCUAGUCGCAUAUCCUUGUGCUUUGCUAUAUGGAGUCUUCGCCCUAAUUUCCGUUUUUUGAACUGAAUUUAUCUGGGAUGUGGACAUCAUUGGGCCAAGUAAUGAAAAGGACUUUGAACUCUUCAAUCGGACCAGCAAACGGCUACAGUGCAACUCUCAUGCAGAUCUAAUGUUUGACUCUUGGAGCAGUGGAAGUGAAUAAGUAUCUUUUGUUCAUUUUUAUAGAACUUUUGAAUACUAUAUUGGAUUUAUGCAGUAUGACUAGUUUUAAAAGGUGUUUGUGCUUAUACAAAUAAGAAGUGCUAUUUCUUUCCUGUUCCUGCAGCCUUAGAAAAACAACUUUUUCCCUUGCUAAUUGUAUAUUAUGGUGGUUUUGAUAGAUUUUUAUCAACUGUGGGAAACUAACCACAGAGAUGAUAUCUUAAAAACAAUCCAUAGUAGAGAAGACACAGGACUUACUGGAGAAAUACUUUCCCAAGGAAUUAGGAAAGAAAACUUGCCUGUAUUGUCAAGUCAGAUGCAAUUGAAGCCAAAAAGUGAUCCCAAUGUAAAGUUUUAUGAGUUUGCACUUCAGAAAUUUGACGUUCCUCUGAGUUAUUUUAUGGAAUUUUGGCUAAAAUUCAGCAAUACAGGUAGUUCACAGUCUACCUUAUUGUGGACAUGGAAUGGAAUAUCUAUUUAAAUAUUAACAUUAACUAAAACAUAGUGACCUAGACUGGCCACAUUAAUGUUAUAGUUGGAUUUCCAUGUUUCCCAGGAAAAAGAAAAUCACUAACCAUUUUUGAGGAAAAUACUUAAAAUGUCACAAUUUCAGUAUUGCAGUUCCCAAUGUAAAGUGCGUUUGAUGCUUACUGAUUAAAAUUUUCCCAAUUAAUUUAAAUUGUGUUGUUGAGUUUACUUUUGCAAAACCAAGAUUUUCGGUGUUCCUUUUUAUUUAAUUAGGCUCUGAUUUUGACUUGUAUUCCCAAUUUAUUCUAAGCUUUAGGAAUAGUGGUCAUCUAGUACAGAAUAAAAAAAAAAGUGAGAUUGAACAAAAAGCAGUUUGUUUUGAGCUACAACAUUAUUUUCUUGUAUUAAACUUAUUUCAUUAAUGUCAUGCUUGCAUUUAGAAAAAUCUAUAAGGAAAUACUGUAUCUUGUGUACUGAUUGGCUUUUUCUAGAGAAACUGCUUCUGAUUUUGGACAAAGCUCAGUUAUGAGAAAGGUGCCAUACUGGGAGGAAGUAUUGCUUUUUUUCUUUUUCUUUUCUUUUAAGAAGAGACUUUUAGACUAAAAAGAAAUGCCAAGCUGACAUAUUCUCAGUUCUUUUUUAGAGCUAGUUUUCAACCAUAAGAGAUUGAAAUAAUAUAAACAUACUACUUAUAAGAAGAUCAUGAUUUCUGAUCUCAAAUUAUGAAUUUGUUUUUCUUCAUUAAUAUUUAAUCUUCUGGAGGAGUGCAGUCACUAAUAAUUAGGUUUUGGCUGGGUUUUUAAACUUACCAAAUUGUUUUAGAAUAUUGUUAUUACAGUCCUUGGAUAGUAUUUUUUUUUUUUGCCUUUUCAAUUCAUUUUAUAAAUGUAAACAGUUCUUCCUAAGAUGAAUGUCAUGGGUGCCUUCUGUUAGUAUCAAGUUAUUCCUAAUGAAGAGGGCAGAUGAUGUGCAGGGUGUUAAAAUCUUCCACUGUUGGUUAAACUUAAGACCAUUAAUCUUCAGCCAGAUUCCCCAAAUGAAUCAAAUUGUUUUCUUAUUUUUUGCCUCCACCUCCAACAAAAUAACCUUUACCUUAGUGAUGUAGAGAUUUUUGUUGUUAGCUGGCUUUUAUUUAACCCAAAAUAAUCAGUUGUAAAGCUAUUUUAUAUCUAGCUAUUUUGUCAAAACAGCUAUACAGUGGAGUUGCCUUUGAUAUAAGUAAGAGUUGAGCUCUCAAAUAUGCUUGUUUACAUGAAGAGUCAUAUGUAGCCAAAAUUUCCCCUUUGUAAAACUCAAAUCAAAAAUACAGUAUAUAUAGCCAUAUUUGUGCAUACUUAAAAAACAAAUAUACUGUGUCUCAAGAAUACUAUGUGGUAACUUUUUUCUACUGGUUCAGUUAAGUGUCAGGAAGAGCAUAUGGUUUGCUUUUACACCCAUUUUAUGCCAAAACAUGCUUGUACCUUUAAAUACUGGAGAUGCUCACAGCAUUACUAAAAGCUUGCCUGUUCACUGUCUCUGAGUAAAACUGUCUGGGAGUGGAGUUUGCAGGUUCACUCACUCAAGCUAGUGUGUCGUUUAUGCAAGCAUGUGUAUGCCAAGGACGUGUAGUUGAUUUUACAUAUAGUGUAAAUGUGUAUUUUACAACUUUGCUGUAAUACUGCAUUUACCAAUGGAUGUUUCACAAGCUGUAUAACAAAGCUUAUAGAGAUAGGCAUUCUUUCACCAGAUAUAGUUAUGCAGAUAAUGAAAAAAUCUGUAAAUCUUUAAAUACUAACUAUCCUCAGAUGCUGCCCAUCCAAUCAAAGAGAAUUGUUUAAAAUAUAUCUGAUGACCUGAUCAUUGGAUAGGAUCUAAGUACUAUGCAUAUGGCAUUUUACAACUCUAAUAGGCAUUGCUCAACUCAGAUAUACUAAGUAUAUCAAAAUAUACUUAUAAAAUAUACUAAAUAUUCUCAAAACUAAGGACAGUUAUCUCUAUAAUGUUAUCUUACAGGAUAUUCUUAUGCAAUCAUGAAGAAUUAUGGGCAUCACAAUAACAUUUUGAGAUCUGCCUGUUUUCAUAUAGAGCAGGUCUAAUGUAAUGACUCAGACAAUUUGCUUAACUUGCCCUGUGGGAGGAAAAAUAUAUAAGUGACACAGUGCUUGGCCUUUCAUAAAGUAGGGCCAAUGGUUUUCCAAAAACUCAGUACACAGAUCAUAGCAUGAAUAGAAUAGCAUUGGGCCUUCCUUCAAAACUUUACCUAGAGCAAACUUCCUCCCCAAAUCGUGGCCCCAAAUGAAAUUAUCCUCCCAAGUAUCCACUGAUUCAUUUUGUAGUGUCAGAUUCCAAUUACUGGUCACCAAACGAACUCACUUAUUAAAAAUCUUAAUUUAUUUGGGAAAAAAGCUUAAAGUUAUUUCUCAAGCAAUUUGUAUCUAAUAAUAUGCUUAUUUCAAAAUAACUUUAAGAAUGAAACAUUUAGUAUCAAGGCAAAAACAUAAGUACCUUUUCAAAUAUAGUAAUUUAUAAUGAGUUUCUUUUUUUCUUUUUAGGAUGUAUUUAGGGUUUGGGAAAAAGAGUGGCAAUAACAAGAUAUCAAGGUUGAUUGGAAAUACCAUAAGGAAAAAUUGGUUUCUAUACUUUAAUGAAUAGAUAAGUAUGAUCUGUCAUUCACUUGUCAAGCAUAUAGUGUUUCCUUUCAAACAUCUUAAAUAAAGCCUGUCCUCACCACUUUC